CCCUUUGAACUUAUCUACAUAGAGUCAUUUUGCCUCUUCUCGGGGAUCACGAACUCAGCCUCAAUGGGAUUUCAGGACCUUCUGCAUCAAGUUGGUGGCCAGGGGAGAUUCCAGAUCCUUCAGAUGGUUUUUCUUCUUAUCUCCAAUGUCAUAGUGCAAAUGCAUGUUCCAUUGGAGAACUUCACUGCUGCCACCCCUGAUCAUCGCUGCUGGGUCCCCAUCCUUGACAAUGACACUGUCUCUGAUAAUGGCACUGGGAUCUUCAGCCAUGAUGCCCUCCUGAGAAUCUCCAUCCCACUGGACUCAAAUCUGAAGCCAGAGAAGUGUCGUCGCUUCCUCCACCCCCAGUGGCAGCUCCUUCAUUUCAAUGAGUCUUCCCUCAACACAAGUGAGCCAGACACAGAGCCCUGUGUGGACGGCUGGGUGUAUGACAAAAGCACCUUCCCCUCAACCACUGUGGCUAAGUGGGACCUGGUAUGUGAAUCUCAGUCACUGAAAUUGGUGGCUCAAUUCCUAUUCAUGUUUGGAAUGCUGCUGGGAGGACUUAUAUGUGGCCCUCUCUCAGACAGGUUUGGGAGGAGGUUGAUUCUCAGAUGGUGUCUCCUCCAGAUGGCCAUUACUAACACGAGUGUGGCCUUUGCUCCCUCAUUCCUCGUUUAUUGCUCACUAAGAUUCUUGACUGGGUUUUCUACCACAAGCAGCAUGUCAAAUGCUAUUAUGCUCAUAAUAGAGUGGUCACUGCCCAAAUUCCAAGCCAUGGGGGUGAUGCUGGUAACCUGUUCCUUUAGCACUGGGCAUAUGAUCCUGGGAGGCCUGGCUUUUGCCUUUCGAGAGUGGCACAUGCUUCAGCUGGUGGUGUCUGUGCCAUUAUUUGCCGUCUUUCUGUCCUCGAGGUGGCUGGCAGAGUCUGCUCGAUGGCUGAUUGUCAGCAAUAAACCAGAGGAGGGCUUAAAGGAACUUAGAAAAGCUGCACACAUUAAUGGAAUAAAGAAUGCUGGAGAAACUCUGACCAUGGAGGUUUUGAGAGCCACCAUGCAGGAGGAGCUGGAGGCAGCACAGAACAAACCUUCUAUGUCUGAUGUGUUCCACACACCCAUUCUAUGUAAAUGGAUCUGCCUUAUGGUUUUUAUGAGAUUUGCAACCACCAUACCCCUUUUUGGCCUGUUGCUCAACAUCCAGCUCCUGGGGAGCAAUGUUUUCCUGAUCCAAGUUCUUUUUGGCAUCGUCUCCCUCCCAGGCCAAGGUCUGGCACUUUUGGCCAUGAAACAUACUGGACGUCGAGGAAGCCAGGCUUUUUUCAUGUUCCUGUUGGGUGCCUGUAUUCUGCUCCUCACAUUUAUGCCUCAAGAAAUGCAGACCCUGAAUGUGGUUUUGGCAACUGUGGGAAUGGGCGCUGCUUCUGCCAUUACCACCUGCUCCAUUGCUCACUCCAAUGAACUUUUCCCCACGGUGAUCAGGGCAAGAAUUUCAGGAAUCCUCGCAGUGGCUGCUUGUAGUGGGGCAGCCGUCGCUCCCCUUUUGAUGACCCUAGCAGUGUUUUCUGUCCCCCUGCCCUGGAUCAUCUAUGGAGUCUUCCCCAUCCUGGCUGGCCUUGUUGUCCUUCCCCUUCCAGAAACCAGGAAUCAGCCUCUGCCUGACACCAUCCAGGAUAUAGAAAAUAAGAGAAAAGUGUUAAGAAAAUCAAAGCAGGACCAUACCUGCGUGAAAGUGACGCAGUUUUAA